UCCAUUCAUGUACUACGUCAUCGUUCACAUAAUAACACUAUUGCGCCUAUGAAUUUUGACAUGAUCUAAACCUUGCUCGAACUUGUAACAAGAAAUGAGCCGGGUCAAUCCUCAGGAUCCGAGUCAAGCUGGACUCUCACGUGACCGACGUUGGUGGCGAGUAAUUUGUAAUCUUCACGUGACUGACACGUGACAUACCUCGGCCGGUCCGACAUACGGUCCCACACCCCCAAUAAACCAUCGGAAAGAGCGACUCCAGAAGGACACUGCGUCAAAAAAAGGGGGCAGGGGGGCCGACCACAGCCGCCAGCGGCAACGGGGACAGCAGCCCGCCGCCAUGAGUGCCAUGAAGUUCUGCCGCGAGUGCAACAACAUUCUGUACCCAAAGGAGGACAAGCAGAAGAAGAUCCUUCUCUUCGCCUGCCGCAACUGCGACUAUGAGGAGGUUGCCGACAGCUUUUGUGUCUAUAGAAAUGAAGUGCACCAUGCAGUUGGUGAACGUACUCAAAUCCUACAAGAUGUCGCAAAUGAUCCUACUCUUCCUCGCACCAAGGAUGUCAGAUGUGUGAAAUGCGACCAUCCUGAAGCUGUGUUCUUCCAGGCUUCUAGUAGAGGGGAAGAAGGUAUGACCCUGUUCUUUGUCUGCUGCAACCCGGCUUGCGGAUAUCGGUGGAGAGAUUGAUGAGUAGAUGCCACCGUGCAGUUUAUGUCAUGGUGAUAUGACUCCAUAAGAGCUUCAAAUGGCCUACCAAUUUGCUUAUUUGGCCAAGAAAAAACCUUGAGCAUUCCAGAGUUAAGUACUACUUGUGAGUAGUAUCAUAUGUCAGUGUGGGAUUAAGCUUUUGGUG